AUGCCAUAUUACGACUGCCCGCAGUGUGACGAUGGAACUAGGUACUAUGACAAUAAGGAAGAAUUCUACGCUCAUCUCAAUCACUACGACCAUUGGUUGGAAUGUGAAACAUGUACCCGGCAGUUCUCAGGCCGGCAUUCCCUGAGACAGCACAUGAAUUCUAUGAAUCACUGGAUGCCCAAGUAUGGUUGCGAGACAUGCGACAAGAAAUUCCAAACCUCUUCCGCAGCUGAAAAACACAUGCGUGACAGAGGCCACUAUGAAAACUACUGCAGACAGUGUGAUCGACACUUCAAUAAUGCGAAUAACCUGCGAAUGCACCUUAAUUCUAAAAUCCACCGCGGCCAGGAUAUCAAAUGUCCGUUCUGCAGAACUGGCUUUGUGACUGCUAGUGGUGCCUCGCACCACCUCGAGACUGGGUCGUGCCGAAAUGCCCCGAGUUUGAACCGGGAGUCAAUCCACAACAUCAUUCGAGGUGCGGAUCAGAAUGGCAUGAUAACCAACAAGCAGAUUGAGUGGAAUAGCGAAAGCAAUUCACAAUACACUGUUACAAGUCAGGCAUGGAACGGUGACUCCUGGGAGUGCUAUUUGUGUCACAAAGGGUUCGGUAGCUCCCGGGGAUUGAGUCAGCAUCUGAACUCGCCGAUUCAUCAGCAGAAGGUGUAUCACUGCCCCAACUCACGCAGAUGCCCGAAGGAAUUUGUCUCGCUGGCUGCUUUGUUCAACCACCUUGAGAGUGAAUCUUGCCAGUUCAUGCGUUUUGAGAAGGUGCAACAGGUGCAUGGCCAGGUGGCGGAAUCAUUGAUUCGUGGAGGCAGAUUGUUGGCGUUCCACUGA